AUGCUUCACGGCCAUGGGAUCAGGGUCACGGUCGAGCUUCACUGGUGCCCUCGCAACGAGGUCCCACGGCUGCAGGCCGCCGACGAAAUUGCCUACCAAGCGAGGCGCAACCGCCUCGGCUACUCCAACGCCGAUGGGGAGCUCUGGAGCGAGACGAUCAAGUCGGACAUGGUGCUUGAGAUUGAGAUGCUGGUUUCAGAACACUCUACUGCUGACGAUCCCCCAACGACGAGCGACAGAUUUAGGGCACCCCCAGCGGGAUCCACGCCGAUGAGCAAGAAGUCGAUGAGACGGGAGAGGCGGAAAGCCCGGCGGCUGGCUGCGGAGGGCGUGGCGACCGCCUCCUCCGCAGACGGCUCCCAGGUGCCAACGCUCACGCCCAACCACCUCGUCUCGUCUCGUGGGCCUGCCACCGUUGACGCCGUGAAGGGCAAGGUCGAAGAGGAUGAAGAUUCCAAGAGGCCGAUGAAGAGGGCCAAGAUAUCGAACAUGAAAGAGGAGGCGAUCAACAACACCGCGGGUGAGACCGGCUUAGACACUCUGAAGGGAACACAACAACACGCCUGCGCGAUGCCAGGUCUGGGUGGAAUGGACCCCCAGAUGAAGGUCUUCCAGCCAGGCUGGGACAUGCCGGGCGGAGACGCCAGGGCGAAACCAGAUGCGUGGAAAGAAUGA